AUGCUGGAGGCCCCGGACAAGGAGCUCCUCGGCAGCUUGCUGGGCAAGGAGCAGUUCGAGUGCGUCGACGUGGAGUUAGAGAGCAACGACGCUAAGAAGGGUCACUGCAAAAAAAGGACCGUCCCCAAGCGCCAGAUCCAGCUCAAGAGGAAGGAGAGGAAGGAGGCAGGUUUCUUCCCCUGCGGCGACUGCUCGGCCCACCAGCCUUUGCCCCCAGCCAGAAAGGAGCCCCCGGCGAAAGGCAGGACCAUCAGCGACGAGUUCAGGAUAAACUACAAGCAGUUCAUGAAGACCGCGUCGCUGGACGAUGCCUGCAGCAAAACCCGGAUGGCCUCUUGCCUGGUUAAAAAUGUGCUGGCCAAAAAAAUGCAGUACGAGCAAAGGAUUAAGAUGGAGCAGAAAGCGCUGUGGGGCAGCUCGACUUCUUCGGGACCUUCGUCCGUGGGCACCGACCUGGCGGGCGACUGCCUGGAGGGAAACCCACCGUCGGCGGCGCGGGCGCCCAGCCCUGCGACGGGUCCCAGCCCAGCCCCGCGGGGUGCUGCACCGCGCCGGGACGACCCCGCGGCUCAGGCUGCUCCCAGCUCCAUAGCGAGCAGCACGGUUCUGCUGACGGAGAAGACCAUCCUCUUCCCACCUCCAGCAAGUGCCAUGGAGGAAGCUGAGGGACACCGCAAGGCAGCAACCUCAGCCAAAGGGCCCGAAGCAACACUGCAGCAGCCCCUCAGCAGCGAGGGCCGUUUUGGGUCGCCUGGGGCCAGUGGGGUGUCCGAACUGGGACCACCCCCUGGAGGCAGCACACAGCUGCAGCCCAUGAAACCAGCAGCAAUAAGCACCCCAAAGCCGUUCAUAAAUGAGCAUCUCGUGAGCAGCACGGGCCCCAGGGAGGCCGAGAGGGAAAGGCCUGACGCAGCAAAGCAGCCGGGCAGCUGGGUGGUUUCAGCAGGGACCGCCGUGUCUCCAGGUGGCGUCAGCCCCGCCACCACGUUUCAAGCAAGGGAGGUCAGCGAAGAGGGCAGGGUGCCCAAAGGUCCCUCUGUCACCCCAGCGCUGCUCACUAGCAGGCUGCCGGACAGGAGGGAGACCUGGGAGCAUUUAACAAAGUGGCCAGGACCCAAUGAACAGUAUUUUACAGCUUCCCCAGUGGAGAAUACAAACUACUUAACAAUUCCCGUGAAAGCCCCAAAAUCCACUCCAGCACCAAAGCUGCCUUCAGUCUCCAACCCAGCCAGUGCAUCCUUCGGGACCCCCUUGGUGCCCAACCGAGCCAACAAGCUGUUCAGGCACCCAUCAGUGUCCAACCCAGCCAGCACGGCCUUUGGGACCCCCCUGGUCUCCAACCCCUCCAGCACACCCUUUGGGGCCCCAUUGGUGCCCAACCCAUCCAGUACAUCCUUCGGGAUCCCCUUGGUCACAAACCCAGUCCCUGCUUCCCUUGGGCACCCAUCAGUCUCCAACCCAGCCAGCUCUUCAUUUGGGUCCCCUUUGGUACCCAACCCAGCCGCUGCUUCCUUUGGGUCCCCCUUGAUCCCCAACCCAGCCAGCCCUGCAUCGGUGGGCAGUGUGUCCCUCUUGCCUGCUGGGGAAGCCCCGGGGAGCAAAGCCAGCCCGAAGCCGCCCCUGCCCCAGGCUCCUGAAGGCCAGGCCACUGCAGAGCGUCUGGGGACCCCGCCCCAGGCUCGCCUUGAGGAUGCUCCCCAUUGCCUAAGGAGGACCGACGGUGCAUCGCCGAGCAGUAAGAGCACGCCAAGUCCACCGAGGCCCUCUGCUCCCCAUCUGUCAACACACCGAAAAAUGCUUGUCGAUCCUGACAGUGGGAAAUGCUAUUACAUGGAGCCGCCAAGGCAGCCCCAGCUGAAAAUGCUCUACGACCCUGAGACGGGGCAGUACCUUGAGGUACUGAUCCCACCAGUGCCCUUGGCGUCCCACGCUGGGCUCUACCAGGCUCCUUUCAACCCGCUGGUCAUGGCACCAGGGGUUUACGGGCCGCCCUACAUGCCCUACACUGGCUUCCCAGGGCUCCCGCCACCCGUGCUGCCCACUGCCACCUCUCCGGCACACCCUGACCCACAGAGCCAGCCCACAGCGGCCGAAAACACCACCUUCCCCACGGCCUUCAGCCCAGCUCCCAAGGGCGAGGGGCCUCCAGCUGCAGUGGGCCCCGACUGCGGCUACCUGGACAGCCUUUUUGCUUUCCUGACGGUUUUUUAA